CGCACGCCGCCGCCUCCUCGUCGUAAGGCAUGAGCGACUCCAAGUUCACCAGCCUGCUGCAGCGGCUCGAGGCUGUCACGGUCCGUCUCGAGGGGAUGGAGAAGUCGGCGCCGGCAGGGUCGGCGCCGGCCGCGUCGGCCGACGACGCUCCGCCGUCGGCCAUGCUGGCCGACUACGACGCCCUCCUCGCCGGAGAGGUCGCGGCCUACGUCGAGCUCGCCGGCAAGCUCGGCGCUGCCGACGUCGAGGCGCAGGCCAAACUAGUCCAGCAGGCCUUUGUGGCGCAACGCGAAAUGCUGGCGCUCGUCGCCAAGUGCAAGAAGCCGGCCGAGAUGGGAUCCAUCGUCCAGCCGACCGCCGAAAAGAUCGCCGCGGUGCAGGCUGCCGUCGACCGGCGCUCGGCGAGCUUCAACCACCUGCAGGCGAUGGGCGAGUCCAUCCCUGCCUUGGGGUGGGUGAUGGUCGAGAAGACGCCCGCGCCGCACGUGAGCGACAUGUGGCAGUGCGGAGAGUUCAACCAGCAAAAGAUUGUGAUGGCCAACAAGGGCAAGGACGAGACGCAGGUCGAGUUCGCAAAGUCGAUUAAGGCGAUCUACACGGCGCUCGAGGCUUUCGUCAAGGCGAGAUGCGCCGAGAUGCCCGAGAUGUCCCGAGAUGCGCACCACCGCACGGGCCUGGAGUGGAACCCGAAGGGAGGCGCCGUCGGAGACGCAAAGGCGGCGGCGCCGCCACCGGUUGCGCCAGGCGCGCCGCCGCCGCCGCCGCCGCCGCCGCCGCCGCCGCCUCCGCCUCCGCCGCCGCCGGCCGAUUCCGGCGGCGGAGGCGGCGGUGGCGGGGCCGCGAACGCGCUGUUUGCGGAGAUCAACCAGGGCGCCAACAUCACGUCGCACCUGAAGCACGUCAAGAAGGGCGAGGGGCUCAAGGACCGGCCCGUGCCCGUCGCAAAGGCGGCCGCCAAGCCGGCGGCGGCGGCCGCCAAGCCGGCGGCGGCGGCCGCCAAGCCGCCCAAGUUUGCGCUGGAGGACAAGCGGUGGUGCGUCGAGUACCAGAAGGGGGCCAAGGACCUGUGCGUCUCGGAGCCGCUCGUCAAGCGCGCCGCCCCCGCCUCUGCCGAGGUCGGCCCGAGGCACACCGUCUACCUGUUCAAGUGCGAGGACUGCGUGCUGAAAGUGAGCGCAAAGGUGAACCACAUCACGCUCGACUCGUGCAAGAAGACGGCCUCCGCCCUCGACGCGCUGGGCGCCGCCCCCCCCCCCGCGGUCGUCUUCGACUCGGUGAUGGCGGGCGUCGACGUCGUCAACUCGACCUCGUGCACGCUGCAGACCUUGGUCAAGGUGCCCACCAUCACGGUGGACAAGUGCGACGCGACGACUCUCAUCCUUAACCGCGAGUCGCUCGACUGCGAGAUCGUCUCGGCAAAGUCGUCUGCGCUCAACAUCCAAAUGCCGGGCAAGACGGACGACGACGAGUUCAAGGAGGUGCCCAUCCCGGAACAGUUCGUCUCCAAGUUCGACGGCGACAAGUGGACGACCGAGUGCAUGGCCCACUCUGGCUAGCGUACAGGGAGGGGCGCCGGGGCCCCUUGCGGCGGGGCGACGGAUGUGGACUACGCGGCCGGGGCUGCGGCUCGCCCCGGUCCUUUUACGUGUGCGGGGCCGGCAGGUGCGCUGAGGCGUGUGUUGUCAGCGUGCGCGGGGAGCCGGGCUCGUGGUGUGAGGCGCGCGAGGAGUAGCACUUGCGCCUGGGGCCCGGGGUGCGGGUUCGCGCGCGAGGCGAGGGGCAAAGAAAGCGUGUGCGUGCGCGCCUGGCGUCCUGCCGUGCGGCACUGUGACGCGCAGGGGGCUGCGCUGCUGUCAGUUCUUGUGGCCGCGCGCGGCGACGCGAUAUAAAAAUAAUGUUAAUACGUGUGAUAAAAACAGAAAA